CAAAGAAACCAAAUAGAAGCUAUGAUGAGACCACAAAAGAACAUAUUAAUCGGUGUUACGGGUAGUGUGGCGACUAUCAAAUUGCCAUUGCUAAUUGAAAAGAUACAAGAAUACGAGAAAGACUACACUAUAAAUAUUAAAAUUGUGCCCACAGAGCACGCUAGACACUUUUUUGAAAGUACGCUAUUGCCUGCAAAGGUGAAAAUAUUGAUUGACGUCGCUGAGUGGUCAAUGUGGCAAAAACGAGGUGAUCCCGUAUUACAUAUAGAUCUUGGAAAAUGGGCAGAUAUUUUACUUAUCGCACCGCUCAGUGCAAAUACUUUGGCUAAAAUAGCAACGGGCAUCUGCGACAAUCUGCUAACCUGUAUAGUACGUGCCUGGGACCUGCACAAGCCUUUACUUUUCUGUCCAGCAAUGAAUACUCGCAUGUACGACCACCCACUGACCUAUGAACAAAUAAGCAAACUUAAGUCCUGGGGAUACACCGAAAUACCUUGUAUAUCUAAGAUGUUGAUGUGCGGUGAUACGGGCAAUGGUGCAAUGGCGGAAGUGUCUACAAUCGUUGAACGAUUAAAACCGUUUUUAGAAAAAUCAUAGCUUCCAAAUUUUUUACUUAUGUGCAGACAUAAUUAGAUGUAUUUAGAUAAUAAUUACAAAUAUUUGGUACAUGCGUACUGUGAAGUGACGUCAUUCAUCAGCGGUGAAUAAUUUCCUACAAAGCAAUAAUUUCCAAAUGGAAUACAUACUUUUAGUUAAGUAGUAGACUAAAAAUCAAAUUUAAAUAAAUGAAUAAAUUUAUAUACUUACUUGUAUCAAUUGAAAAUGUUUUAUAAUAUAUAAAUUUAUAUUGCAAUUUAA